UUAUAAACGCAUGUGCAUGCGCUCUGGAAAUAGUGUGCACUUUCUCUGACACAACGUUACGAGAAUCGGUUGAAGAGCUAAUCGGCCGAAAUACAUAUGUAAGUGUAUACGCAGUGAAUACGAUGAAGAUCUCGUUUCGAGCAAUAAUUUCGAUUAACAGUGUCUUCGAGUCGAUCGUCGAGGCAACCGUCGAACGACCGGCCGUAUAGUUCACAAUUCGUCAUCGGCGAUCGUAAAUGUUUCAAUACGUUCCACCAAUCAAAAGUUGCAUCUUUAUUCCAGUUAGAUUUCGCGUAGUUUCUGCACUCGUGUACGUAACUCGGUCAAAAGACAAACGAGAAAUAAGACAUAAAACUCUAUAAAAUACUACCGAUGCUAUUGAUAGACGACGAGAGAUGGCGGGCAGAGCCAACGAUAGUUUACUUUUCGCGCCAUCACUAUGUCUAACCUGUAACAGUGUACGCGUAGCAUUGUGAUAUUAUCCCGGUGAAAAAAAGAAUCGUUUCGGUUGGAAAACAUCUGAUUCAAGAUCGAUUUCUGUGACGUUUCAUGCACAGCACUUGUUCCGAGAAAAAUGGAAGAAGUGACAAAAUGUAGAUACAUCGAUUGCCUGGACGGUCGUGGAAAGGAGCAAAUACUUCACGAACUUCCCGUUUGCGAUACCAGUCUCUGCGUGAGGUGGUUGAUCAACAGUGGUCACGUGGACCUAAUAGGAAAAGAUUUGGACACACUGCGGUCCAUGAAGUUUUUCGUCUGUAACAAUCACUUUACGGAGGAUUGUUACCUGAGCAAGGGCACUUUGAAAGAAAAUGCGGUCCCCACGGCGCAUUGGAGCAAUCAUUCAAGAACGUUAAAAGCUACGAAGUUGCAACGGAAGUGUCAUACGAAUGGCCAAGAGAAUUCAAUGGAAGGCACAGUAGAAGCGAAUCAAGGUUUGGCAAAAAAUUGCCCUUCCGAGUUCGAAGCGAAUCAGUGGUGCCGAACCUGUGCUACGAAGAAACAUAAUCUCGUAAGUAUGACAAGCAAGGGAAAGGGCACAGAGAUGAGUCUUCUGUCAAAACUAAAACUUUUGAUAGAAAUUGACGACGAGGACGCGCUACCGACAAAGAUGUGCGACGAAUGCGUCGAUAAAUUGGAGCAGUCUUUCAAGUUUUUCCAACAGAUUUAUGUAGCCGACAACACGUUGCGCCACGUGUUUCCAAAUGCCCGCACGAACAACGUGUCCAGGAAGCCAUUGUAUUCGCUUGGCGAGCACCUGAAAAAAGAGCAAAGAGAGAAGGAGAAGGAGAUCGAGAAAGAGAAACAGAAAGAAGACGAGUUAGCGGUCGGAACUCCGAGAAUCACGAGGGGCUUGUUCCGACGUGGCCGAGGAAGGCCCCGAACUCGAGGAUACGCCGGGAGGCCGAGAGGGAGGCAAAGAUGGAGUCACAGGGCGAGUCAGAUGGCGAUGCCGGUUGCAAAUCUUGUUGCGAUUCACGAUUCCAGCGUCGGAGGGCCGACGCCGCCGAAGGAGGAGCGCGAGAACGAGAAGACGUCGAUCACCGAAGAGAACCAGGGCAGCACAGUCUUCUCGUUGCUGACGGAUACCUGUCGCAGCGACGAGGAACUCGACUGGGCGGACGUUUUGAAGAUAAUGAACUGUCAAGGCUCGCACCUAGCCCCGAAAUCAGUCGCCGACGAGCCGAUUAAAACGGAGGUCGAGAUCAAGACGGAGGAAGUCGGAGUGCAAAUCCAAGUGAAGCUGGAGGCCGAGCAGCCCUCGCCCACAGAGGCGAUCGAGUCGGAGGAGAAGUCGCAAAUAGCCUUGGAGAAGGAGAAAGAAAGCCCACCGAUCGAGCCGGCGAUCGAGUCGGCGAUCGGGUCAACGAUCGGGCCAACGAUCGAGUCAGCGAUCGAAUCGUCGAUCCAGCUCGAACCAGAGUCGACUCAGAGCUUUGUCUGCGAAACGGCGCCGCCGCUGGAAUGCAAAACCAUGAACUGCGAGUUCUGCAAGGAGACGUUCAAGUCGAAGCGCGAGUUGCAGACACAUCUGGCAACGAUACACUCUCAGAUAUCCGGUCACGUGUGUACAGAUUGCUCUGCUUGUUACGAGAGCGAAUCGCUGCUCUCGAAGCAUCGCGCGCUGCGCCACGGACAGCGAAGAUACCGCUGCGAACACUGCGACACCGAGUUCCUCGAGAAAAGGGUUCUCAGGGAGCACGUGAACAAAUGCCAAUGGUCCGAGCGGACGUACUACUCGUGCGACUCGUGUGGAAUAGCGUUCGGUUCGAAGCAAGAUCUCGCCGAACACGUAAGAAGCCACGCGAAAAGUCCGGCUGCGUCGUUCCAAUCGGAAAGCGUGUUCCCAAAGUCCAACUCUCCUGAACCCGAUCAAAACCGAGAAUCUUCUGCCGCCUCUGUCUCAGCGAUAACCGCGCCUGCAGACAGCGACGUCACACUUACCAAGACGAAUUCAAACGACAAUACUAUUCCCGGAUUGAACAGCAUGGAAGACACCGCGGAUAAAGCAGCAGAGGAGCGUGUUCAAGCGGACGCGGAACAGUUAUGUCCGAACUGUAACGAAAAGAUCGAGGACAACAUGGACCCGAGCGGUCAUCGGACGCAUUGUAAGUCGAACAAGAGAAAGGAUACGUCGUGUUGCUUGAUCUGCGGUAAGAAAUCGUUCUCCUCGGCGGAAGAGUACGAACGGCACGCGCUCGAGCAUUCGAAGCGAUCCAGAAUGUCGUCGCCGUCGUAGAAUCAAGACGUCGCUAGGCGUUGCAUGAUGGAAGUGUGUUUUAUUUCGACUCGUCGUCGUUGCGACAUAUCAUCUUUCCGCGAGUCGCCGCUACCGCAGCGGCGAAUUGGAUUGUCCGGGGUAUAGAUACAAAAAUUAUUCGACUAACAAAAUUACUCGCUAAGUACAACGUUGGCGUAAAACGUUCAAAGUGUCCCGUUGCAUGAAACACAACGAACUCGGCGAUAAUAUAUAUUUUCGCACGUUUCCCAAAUAAAGCUGCCAUAUGAGUUGUCGAACUAUCCGCGAUCGCUGUUCGCAAAUUUAACCUCGUACACGCGUCGUCGUUACGGUUUCAUGUAGCAGGCAGUUUGAGGACACGUCGUUAUUGGCAUGUAUUGCGCGCGACGACAAUGCCGACGAUUCGCGGGCGCAACGGUGCAAAGCUGCGUCCCUCGACUUAUUUACAAUGGGUCGGAAUCCUAGACGACGAAUUUGUAAAAUUGUGCACUAAUAAAUACAGCGUAUUUCCUUUUUGAGAA